AUGCCUGUACCUGUAAACUCGAUGCCCGCUGGUGCCCAUGGCCCUUCAACUUUUGACAAGCUCAAGAUGGGCGCCAUGAUGGGUGGCAGUGUCGGUCUCAUCAUCGGUUUCAUCUUUGGCGCAACAAACAUCAUCAGAUUCGGUCCCGGUCCCAAUGGAAUGCUGAGAACCCUCGGCCAGUACAUGGCUGGUUCAGCCGCCACCUUUGGAUUCUUCAUGUCCAUCGGUUCAACCAUCCGCACAGAGGGUACCUCGCCCAUCGUCAACCAGGCCUACGCCAACGCCUACCGCAGGCCCUUCAUCUUGCCAAGACAGCGCGCCGAACGCUCAUAG